AUGAAUCGUAAUUAUUACAAUUUAUACGUGAGCAAUAUAUCGAGCAAGACUAAUGCCGAGAGUUUAUUUGCUUUUUUCUCACAAUUUGGAAAGAUUGAAAAUUUUAUAUUUUUCACGAAAUGUAGUCGUCGUCCUAAUCCCGCUGCGAUGAUUACAUUUGCAGAACAUACCGAUAUCGAUUAUAUAAUACAACAUUAUCAAUAUGUACAAUUUGACACGAAUAGUUUAUCUCUUCGCCGUACUUUACCAAGAAAUCGUCCAGCAUUUGAACGCUUUCGAUCAUCGAAUGAACUGCUUGUUUCAUUACCUUCUUUCUCUACUGAUCAAGAAUUUAAUGAAACGAAUAUACGACAGUACUUCAGUCAGUAUGGUUCCGUUGUCUUCUGUCGAACUGUGAUACCUUUGACGACAUUUUUGAUUGACUUUGUUGAUCGAAAUAGUGUGAAUCAUGCUAUUGUAGAAGAACCACAUUUUUACAAUGAUCAACAAUUAGUGCUUCGAAAUUCGAAAAUACGACGGAUUGGCCUUAUCUGA